UGGUGUCAUGGACAAUUAUGUAAUUGUCCGAAAAAUUGGAGAGGGCUCUUUUGGCAAAGCAUUUUUGGUCACACCUAAAGACGGUAGCAGCAAGCAAUGCGUGAUAAAGGAGGUCAAUUUAAGAAAGAUGUCUGCUAAGGAAAAAGAGAUGUCUCAAAAAGAAGCAGCUCUUCUCUCCCGGAUGAAACAUCCAAAUAUUGUCAUGUUUCUCAAAUCAUUUCUGGAGAGGUUAAAUCUGUAUAUUGUGAUGGAAUAUUGUGAUGGAGGGGAUUUGAUGAAGAGGAUAAACAUGCAGAGGGGUGUUCUAUUUAUGGAGAAUCAGGUAAUGGACUGGUUUGUACAGAUCUGCCUGGGACUCAAACACAUCCAUGACAGGAAGGUCCUGCACAGAGACAUAAAAUCACAGAACAUUUUCCUUGCCAAUAAUGGGACAAAAGUAAAGCUUGGUGACUUUGGAACCGCAAGAAUGUUAAACAACACCAUGGAGCUGGCCAGGACGUGUAUUGGAACGCCAUAUUAUCUGUCCCCGGAGAUCUGCGAGAACAGACCGUACAACAAUAAGACGGAUAUCUGGUCUCUGGGCUGUGUUCUGUAUGAACUCUGCACUCUGAAGCACCCUUUUGAGGGCAGCAGCCUCCGGCAGCUGGUUGUGAAGAUCUGCAGGGGGCGCUAUAACCCCGUCACUCCCCACUACUCCCCUGACCUCUGCGGCCUGGUCACCCAGCUGUUCAAGGUCACGCCGCGUGACCGGCCCUCUGUCAACUCCAUCCUCAGCAAGCCCUUCCUGGAGAAGCGCAUCGCCCAGCACCUGGACCCCCAGAUGAUUAAAGAAGAGUUUAGUCACACUGUGCUCCACAGAGAGAGAGCUCCAAGACCCCAGUCUCAUCCUGCGGGGAGAGAUGCAAAGCUCCGGGUUCGGCAGAGGCCCGCCCCGUCGAGCGCGGGGAGGAAAGCCCCUCCGAGACCAGCCUGGAAAUCCCCCUCCAGUGCCUGCACCCCGGAGCGUCGGCCAGUGUACCACAGAGCAGCCGUGCUGGAGACGCCAGCGGUCAGGCCCCACGGUCAGUAUGACCGCCGUCGCGGAAACGGGCCUCUGGCCAAUCAGCGCAACCCAUCGCACGGUCACUACCAACACUACCACGCCCAGCUGGAGGCGCUGCAGCGGAGGCCCCUGGAGGGGGCGCCCGCUCCUCCUGCUCCUCCUCCCGCUCCUCCUGCUCCUCCCCCUCCUCCACAACAGCCUCUAAAUCAGCAGAUGCCCUGGGAUUGCCGCAGCGACAGGGAAAGUGUUCUGGAGCCCUACCAGCUGGUGGAGGCUGCCUGGGAGGAGUACCUGCAGAGAAAGCAGGAGGCCAACCAGUACAAACUGAGAGCUGAGAAACAACUGGGCCUCCGUCCCUCCACGGCAGACGCUGAGCGCUACAGAGCCCCGGAGCGGGGGCGCGAAGAGGGCGGUCGCCAUGGCGAGGCAGGAGGAGGUGCUCCCCACUUGAGGCAGGGAGCGCAGCAGGAGUAUCUCCGGCAGCUGCAGCUCAUCCGUCAGCAGUACCAGCAUGAUCUCCAGGGCAUGAAGAUGAAGGCAGCAGCUGAGCCCCAGCCUCAGGACAAAGCCCAGACUUUCGUGGUGGAUGUACCCCCUGAGCCCAAAGUGAGCGUGGCACGGCGCAGGUCUGAGGACAGCGAGAGGAGCACACCUGCACAGGAUGUGGACAGAGACCUCAGAAAAUUCAGAGAACAGAACAGAAGAGAGCGGAAGGCCCUGGAGGAGAAGUAUAAAGAAAAGAAAGGAGUGAUGUUUGAGGUUCUGCUCAAUGAUGAAAGGACACGGGACGAAGGAGAGAAAGGAGAGGAAGAUGAGGGAGAGGAGGUGAAAGAGACAGUCGGACAGCAGGAGGAGGGGGACGACCUGCUGAACCAGACCCUGACCUUUCAGGCCGGAGAGGAGCUGAGACAGAGGGGCCGGGCUGGGGCCGGGGCCGGGGCAGGGGGAGGGGGGACGGGUGGGGAGGGGGCCAGGAAGGGCUGGGGUCAGGGUGCACCCCAAACACUGCUCAACGCUCUCGCCGAAAUGGAGGUGUCCUCUGUCUGCCCCACCAUGCUGGAGCUCCAUGUUGGAGUCGAGCAGGAGGACAGGGAGGUGAGGGGAGAGAGGAGACAUUGGAGUAACGGCCCCCCAAACACCCUGCUGGAGGCCCUGGGACAGCGUGACCUCAUCACCACCCUGGACCCUGAGCCCAUAGAGGCCCCGACCCCACAGCCAGCCGAGAACCAGCCUCGGGAGGUGGAGGAUGAGGAAGAUGACCUUGAUAUAGACCUGGACGAAGAGCGGCUGGAGCCCAGGUCAGAUGAAGACGACACAAACUUUGAGGAGUCGGAAGAUGAGCUGAGAGAAGAGGUAGCAGAAUCCAUGAUUAACCUCUUCUCCUGGGAGGAGGAGGAGGGAGAGAAGGAUGGAGUGAAGGAUGAAGCAGAAAGAGGAGAGGGGGAGGAAGGGGAUAAGGUGGAUGGGGAGGAGGAUCCAGACAUGCAGGCCGGGAACGCAGCAACGGGGGCUGAGGGAAACACCGUGGCGGACACCUCCACGCGGGGGCCCCAGACCGAAAGCCGCAUCCAGGCCACGGAGCCUGAGGCUGGGGAGACGCAGGCAGGCGAGCCCCAGGCUGUGGAGGAAGACCAGGCCGAGGCUGGGAAAUACCCAGGAGAGAGGCAGGACACAGAGUAG